UUAGUAGAAUGGGAGGCAAAUCUGAAGGGAGAUAUUGGGUAGUCUGAUAGGUAGUCCGUAGGGGACAUAGGUAGUCUGAAGAGGACAUAGGUAGUCUGAAAGGGCAGGUAGUCCGUAAGGGACAGGUAGUCCGAAGGGGACAGUGGUAGAGUUGGAUAGGCUGAAGGGAAGGAUUAAUUUUUAAUAUGUAUUACCUAUUUAACUCAAAAAUUAAAAAAAUAGACUGUAUAAAUCAAUUUUCCAAUUAAAUUUUAUUUAAAAAUUCAAAAAAAUUUCUCAACUCUUAAUCAUUAAUUGAAGACAUUAUUAUUAAUUAUUAUAUUUCCCCUAAAAUAUUUAAGAGUUCGCUAAACUUUAAUUAGUAUUUUUAUAUUUAUUAUCGUUUCCUUGUUUUUUUCUUUAAAUGUUUUUCUGAUUAUUCAAACAUUGUUUUGGCAAAUUGUUUUGUUGUUGUUUUUGUUCAAGUUUGUUUUUCUUCUUUUUUAUUUACAUGUUGGUAAACAUUGUUUUCUACUAAAAACUUUCUUUUGUUUUAUCUUUGAUUGUUGUUGUUUUUAUUGUCUUUGUUAAAGAAAACAUCAAAAACAACAACCUAAACAAAAUGUUGUUGAUGAUGUUUUGUUGUUUUUAUUGUUUUUGUUUUGUUGUUCAAAUUUGUUUGUUCAAGUUUGUUUCUUCGCAUGUUUUCAUUAUUCAACAAAACAUGUUGAGAAACAUGUUAAAAACAUCCGAUUUAAAACCUCAAAACAUUUUAUCAAAACAUUUUUUGUUUUACGUUGUUUCAUUUUCAAGUUUUCUAUUUACUUCAUCUUUCUUCUUCAUCUUUACAAACCUCCCAAAAACUUGUUAUAUUUUUUAAAUAAAUUUUUAAAAUUUUUUUCUUCCUGUUCUUUCCUUCCCCUUUUAAUCUUGUUUAUAAUAUUGGGUCAUUCGAAGGUCGUUCUGCUACAUAUUUAUUUGGGAGAAACACGAGGACACACACAAAAACAAGUUGUUUAUGUUGUUGU